AGCAACCGACCGCCGUGCCCCAGCAAGUGUGGCAUCCUGCUCAAAUGCCCCUGCAGCAGAAGCAACCGACCGCCGUGCCCCAGCAAGUGUGGCAUCCAGCUCAAAUGCUGCAAAAGCAACCGACCGCUGUGCCCCAGCAAGUGUGGCAUCCUGCUCAAAUGCCCCUGCAGCAGAAGCAACCGACCGCCGUGCCCCAGCAAGUGUGGCAUCAAGCUCAAAUGGCCCUGCAGCAGAAGCAACCGACCGCCGUGCCCCAGCAAGUGUGGCAUCCAGCUCAAAUGCCCCUGCAGCAGAAGCAACCGACCGCCGUGCCCCAGCAAGUGUGGCAUCCUGCUCAAAUGCCCCUGCAGCAGAAGCAACCGACCGCCGUGCCCCAGCAAGUGUGGCAUCCAAAUCAAAUGCUGCAAAAGCAACCGACCGCUGUGCCCCAGCAAGUGUGGCAUCCUUCUCAAAUGCCCCUGCAGCAGAAGCAACCGACCGCCGUGCCCCAGCAAGUGUGGCAUCCUGCUCAGUUUCCCCAGCAGAAGCAACUGGCCGCUAUGCCUCUACUGCAGAAGGAACCAACCACCAUAGCCCAGCAACCUCAGCAGGUGUGGCAUCCAGCUCAAAUGUCCACGAAUCGAACAGCCACUGAACCUCAGCAGCAGAAGCAACCAUCCACCACGCCCCAGCAAGCUCGGCAUCCAGCUAAAUUUCCCCAGCGGAAGCAACUGGCCCCCAUAGCUCAGCAACCUCAGCAGGUGUGGCAUCCAGCUCAAAUGUCCACGAAUCGAACAGCCACUGAACCUCAGCAGCAGAAGCAACCACCCACCACGUCCGAGCAAGCGUGGCAUCCAGCUCAAAUGCCCCUGCAGCAGAAGCAACCGGCCACUGAACCUCAACAGGAGAAUCAUCUGGCCGCCAUUCUCCAGCAGCCUCCGCUCGUGUGGCAUCCAUCUCAAUUUCCCCAGCAGCAGAAGGAACUGGCAGUUGAGCAGCAGAAGGAACUGGCAGUUGAGCAGCAGAAGGAACUGGUCGUCGAACCUCAGCAAGUGAGGUAUCCAGCUCAAAUGGCCCAGCAGCAACCCAACCCCAUUCCUCAGCAAUUUUGGCAUGUAGCCCAAAUUUCCCAGCAGCAACUGGCCCCAAAUUCUCAGCAGAAGCACUACGAAAGCACUGAAGAUGGUGCCUCUGGUAGUUCUCAGGCCAGCAUUGUUGAACAGUCGGGUGUCAUCCCAAUCUCUUCCUACAGUUCCAAAUCGCACUACAAGAAUGGCAGAACUGGAGUCUCCCAAAUCGGCUACACUCCUAGGGAGGCAAUGCCUGUUGACAGUGGAAAUGCUCCCAAGGACGGUUAUGUUAGCAUUGGUGCACCAAGCAUAUAUCCAACACUAGUGAAGGAUUCUGCAAGGAAAAUAUAAUGGAUUCAUCCUCUAGAAGCUCUAAUGACCGGGAAGUUGCUGGUGCUCUUGCUACUCUAGUGUGAUGGAAUCAAUAAACAAUUUUACUUUAAAAA